AUGGUCAUUCCUUUCUUCGGGGAGAAUUUUUUUAGUUUGAACGUCUUUAAUCUUAGAGAAGGUUUUUGUAGCACUCAACAAAAAUAUCGCACUUUACAGUACUGGCUAUUGAUUCCAAAGUCAAAAUUGUUAAACCUACGUUCAGGGGCCAGUCUGCGUAAUUUACAUCUGUUGCUGUUUGUUAUGCUCAACAAAGACGCUGGUAGAGGAACAGGGUCUAUGUCGCGGUCCACAAGCUUAGGCAUUGUUGAUGAAGCUAUUACUGCUGGCUGGCUUAAUUCUGAUGAUAAUUCAAAUGUUGAGCGAUCAGUCUCUGUAUCUAAUACAAAACUAUCAAAUACCACUUAUUCUAGUAACGGCACACUAUCAUGCAGCUGUUCUAUAUGCUUUAAAGAUAUGGUGGCUGAAAAAACCGUUCCCAACGUUAUGAAAAUUCAGCUUAAGUUGCUUGAGAUUUUUAGAGCUAUGCCACGUUUUGAAAUCGACGUUGCUGAAGUUAUGCUCCAGCUAGUACGACAACCUAAGAUCCUGAUAGAAUACUGUGUUGCUAAUUAG